AUGUCCUCCUGGUUCUCAGAUGAAGCGCUGCGGCUUGUAGAGGCUCGCAAUCACCGCGAAGUUGCAACCUUCAGCGCCCUCAUCACGUCCCACGAUCAGCUGCUGUUCCGGACUUAG